AUGAACAAGCUUACGGCUGAGCGUGACUGGUCUGCUAUGGAGAUUAACCACCUGCUGCUCAGCCUACCACUCCAGCAAAGCACGAGGACUUUGACCUACUUUGAGCUUCUCACCAAAGCCCUCCGCGGUAACGAGCAGUACGAGGACUUUUGUCGUGUCAAGUUAACCCUCCACCAUCCUCAUCGCGACCCUCAGGAACUCAAAGAGGUAGAUGGCGCCCUUUCGACACCUUCUCUGGGGCAUACGACCAUUGCUCUGCUGUCCACGACGUUCAUCCAGACGACUACUACGGGGACCUCCCUCCUCCAGUCGAAGAGGAAUUCCAGGAAGAACCGCGUAACGAGGAAGAUGUUGCGGCUGAGGCCCUACAUUGGCAAGUAUCCGGAUUUAGCCAUUCUGGGGCAUGACUAUUGGAAGGAGCUUAAAGCUUCACACCCCCUAGGCAACAACCAAGAUGAUGUCCCUGAUGGCCUCUUUGAUCAGCUUAACGUCGAGCAGCGCACUGUGUUUGACCUAUUUACUCGACAUCUUGAGAAGGCUCUCGACCCUCAACAGCCAAACCCGGCACCGCUCCUUGUGCAGGUAGACGGAGAAGGUGGCACAGGCCCUACAGACAUUGCCAACCUACAGUCAAAGCUACGCAACCUCCGCUACCUCAUUAUCGACGAGAAGUCAAUGAUUGGCUUGCGUACUUUUGGCUACAUUGAUAGCCGCCUCCGACAAAUAUUUCCCGAAUAUCAAGACACCUUUUUCGGCGGCCACUGGGAGCUGCUCUGCACCCGCGUCCAGGCCAAUCUGACCUUAGCCGAGGUUACGUGCUUUGACGGGGCAGUACGCAUCUACACAACGAAUGCCCAGGUUCGGGCAACAAAUUUACCCAUUUGCAUUGGGGCAAGAGUUAUGUUGACUGAGAACGUCUGGACUGAUGUUAGCCUUGUUAAUGGUGCACUGGGGACCAUAUAUGACUUUGCCUAUGAGGAUCACGUACAGGAUCCUCAAGCUCAUCAUCCCUUUGUCAUUAUGCCUAUCUUUCGCUCCUGGCGGGACUUCAUCAAGGGUAGUAUGCCUGCUCUCGCACUCAGUUUCCCUUGA